UAAAAUAUGCAGAAUAUUCACAAUUUCAUUUUUCAAUUGCCGAUUACUGUGUCUUUGCGGCUAUGCUGCUAUUCUCCACGGGAACGGGUAUCUAUUUCGGCUACAUAAGAAAGAAAAUCAAACCAGUUCAGCCAAUCAGCAAUUUGGAGUUGAACACUCAUAAAAAAGAACCCGACUUUGGUUCCAAAGCAAUGAGUGAAUAUUUGUUGGGAUCGCGGAAGCUGAAGGUAUUUCCAGUGGCGAUGAGCCUUGUUGCCAGGUUAGUAUUCACUAUGCUGGGCGUACCAUCGGAAAUCUACACCUACGGCACACAAUACUGGUUAAUUAUUGUGCCCAUUAUUUUGAUGGCGUUUGUUGUGUCUAAAGUGUAUUUGCCAGUUUUCUCGACAUUAAACGUUGGCUCCUCAUAUGAGGUAUGUACCUAUAU